GGAUGGUCCGUGCGCAUCCGAACAACCGGGCAGACCGACCAUCUCCAAGACGCCGUCUCCCAGGGGCAGAGGCUCAUCCGUCUACUCUUUCCGCCGGAGCGUAGAGACCGAAAUUAACCGUUUCGCGUAUUAAAACGUACCGGACCGAAAGCGAGCGAGAAAGUUAAGGAACGGCCACACACAGAGCAAAACAACGAACGAAGCGUGAUCGACCAGCCCGAAGCCGACGCCAGCGCGAGGUUGUCUGUGAAGUGCGGCCGUAUCGCCUCCCUCCCCUCCUCGCCCGAGCCGUUACUGGUGUGGUGUGUUCCCUUGCGCGCUUUCACCGCGAGUGCUGUGCCCCACCGUGGCCAUUCGUCGCCGUUUUGCUGCCGUUAGGCGUGCGAGAAUAGCCUUGCGCCUUUCUUCGCUUCGAGCCCUAAAACGCACAUACUUGCACACAAACACAUCAGAAAAAGGAUUGCCACCGCCGUCGUCGUCCUCAACCCCCUGAUCAGCAGCAUCGGUUGUGUGUGUUUUUGUGGGGCGGGAAGAAGUAAAGCAUUUUCGCAGGAGCAGCGCGGUCUGUGACACUACACGCACGCCGGCGGCUCGGUCGGAGAGACACACAUCGUCGCUCGCCAUCACUCGGUGCCGAAGGGCGCACACACACGCGCUCGGCGACUUCCGGCUUCAGGUGCCAGUCCCACCCCCCCCCCCCCCCCCCUCUACACCUCGCACGCACACAGACGCAACGCCGACCGACACAGGAGAGCGGAAGCAGUCGGACACGGACGACUCUAGCAGCAGCAGCAGUGGACGAGACGUAACGCUCGCGCACCGGAAAAGCAACGCCACAGCAGCCGCCCGGGUACUUCUUUUGUGUUACCGUUUCUUUGCCCGUUUCUCCCGGCACUCCCGGAGCAGCAGCAGCAGCUUCCUUUAAGGCGAACGUUUCUUCGUUCAUUCACGCAUCUCUCGCAACGCGCGCGUGUUGGUGUGUGUGUGUGUGUGUACGCGCAGUGGUGAGCGCUCCGUCGAAGGGUUUUUCAGUAGUGCCCGGCCAUCAUCCUCAUCAUCUUCAUCAUCCACCAUCAGCGGCAGGCAGCAAGGCAUCAGCAGGACUCUCCCUGUAAUCCUUCCCGUGCCCGUCAAACACAACAAGCAUCCGUAAAGCGCUCUCCCCCGAAGCUCUCUCUCUCGCUCACACGCAACAACCGCACCGUCGGGCGCAACAACCAUGGUGAUGGAUGCGCAGCCCUCGCCGCAAAAUGUCGGCCGCGAGUUCGUCCGCCAGUACUACACGCUGCUGAACAAAGCGCCCGACUUUCUGCACCGGUUCUACAACAACUCGUCGAGCUUCGUGCACGGCGGGCUGGACGCGAAGAGCCAGGAGGCGACGCUCGUGAUCGGCCAGAAGCAGAUACAGAGCAAGAUCCAGCAGCUCAACUUCCGCGACUGCCACGCCAAGAUUAGCCAGGUCGACUCGCAGGCCACGCUCGGCAACGGAGUGGUGGUGCAGGUGACCGGCGAGCUGUCGAACGAUGGGCAGCCGAUGCGCCGCUUCACGCAAACGUUCGUGCUGGCGGCCCAGUCGCCGAAGAAGUACUACGUGCACAACGACAUCUUCCGCUACCAGGACGUGUACACGGACGACGAGCUGGAUGAGGCGGGCGACCGGGCGAACGGCACGGACGAGGACGGUCUGCACGGAGCUGAUGGGGUUGGCGGGGUCGAUGCGGGAGCGCUGGGAGCGGACGGGCAGCCGCUCGGGGUCGGCGCGGGCCCACCGGGUGCCCUCGCGACGCCCGCCGGUCUCGUCGGGGCGGGUGGUGGUGUGCACGGUCAUCCGGCGGGCCAGCCGGGCCAGGUGCUCGGGGCGCAGACGGCCCCACAGGCCGCCCUGUACUACCCGUCGACCGUGAUCGGCUCGGCCGGUACCGGGCUGCUGCCGGGCGUGACGCCGGGCUAUGGUGCACCGCCGUCCGCUGCAGCCGCCGUCGCCGCCGCCCAAAACCAACCCGCUUCCCAGCAGCAGCAGCAGCAGCAGCAAUCGACGCAGCAGGUGCCGCCGCAGCAGCAGCCGGCCCAGCAGCAGCAGCAGCUGAACGGACUGCACGAGAGCCUGCUGAAGAGUGUGGGUGGUGGGGCAACCGAUGCGGGCGGUUCGGCCGCGGCCGCCGUCGCCGCCGUGCUGCUCUCGUCGUCCACCGUCGACCCGCAGGGGCUCAAGUCGAAGCUCGAUCAAACGCCAAUGGGAGUGCCUUCCCAUCUGCUGCCCGGUCAGCAGCAGCAGCAGCCACAUCAAUCCCAGCUAAAUCAAACUCAACCACCAGCAACCAAUCAACUCGGGCUGGGCCAGUCGCAACAGCCGCUGCCAGUCCAGCCGCAAGCAACCCAGCAGCAGCAGCAGCAGAACCGCCACCAGCCGUCCGAGGGCGAUACGCUGAGCAUGGGCGAUGCGAGCGCGACCCCGGCUGGCGGCGACGAACUUGGCCACGAUCUGGAAAAGAAGCAGCAGUCGCAUAAAUCCCAUCAGCAGCAUUCGCACUCACAGCAGCUGCACUCAAAGCAGCAGCAGGGAGGAGUGGCCGGCUUCGGUAAGCAACAGCAGCAGCCACAGCAGCAGCCGCCCGUCUCGCUCGAACCGAAGACGUACGCCAACCUGGUCAAGUCGGGCGUUAGCGCUGGCGCACCGUUGAGCUUUGCCUCGGCGAUGCAGUCGUCGCUGAGCUCGCACACCACCUCGGCGCAGUCGGGCGGGCACUCGCAGCAGCAGCAGCAACAGCUACAGCAACAGCAGCAGCAGCAAACGCAACAGUCGUCGCACCAGCACUCGAGCUACAGCACGGGAGGCAACCGACAGCAGCAGCAGCAGCAGCGUGACAUUCUCUCGCCAGCCCCGGCCGGCGGUGCUUCCACCAACGGCAGCGUUCUCGGCGGCGGCGUUGGCAACAAGUACGGCUCCGACCGGCAGGACGAUCGGGGCACGCUCGGCAACGGCGGCAUGUCUCAGCAGCGAUCUCAGCAGCAGCGGUCCAUCCGCAGCAACGGCACGAGCAGUAACUCGAUGGGCGGCGGUGGCCUGCGACAGCAAGACAACCGACAGUCCUCCUACUCGCGGCAAAACUACAAUGAUAACGAAGAUCGUCGUCAGGGAUCGUCUGCACAGUUCGGUGACAACCACCAGCUGUUCCUGGGCAACAUCCCGCACCACGCCACGGAGGAGGAGCUGAAGACGCUGUUCAGCAAGUUCGGUACCGUCGUCGAUCUGCGCAUUAUGUCGAAAUCGGUCCAAAAAAUGCCGGGCGUCCGUACACCGCCCCACUACGGAUUCAUCACGUACGAGGAUCCCGCCUCGGUGCAGAACUGUCUCGCCAACAUGCCACUCUACUUCCCGGAGAAUUCGCCCGACGGCCACAAGCUGAACGUGGAGGAGAAGAAAACGCGCGUCCGCGGCCCGGGCGAAGGCGGCAGUGGCCGCAUGGGCAGCGGCGGCGGUGGAAUGGGCAACGCCAACUCGAACGGUCCACGGUCGGGCGGCGGUGCCGGCUCGGGCCAAUCGCGGCCACCCGGCGGCCAGGGCGUUGGCGCCUCUAACCGAGGCGGCCAGGGUGGCGGUGGUGGCGGUGGUGCCGGCGGUCAGCGCAGUAUGGGCGGUGGCAAUGUCGGCGGUGGCGGCGGCGGCAGCGGCGGUGGUAACCGGGGCAGCGGCGGUGGCAGCUACGGCCAGCGCUCCGACCGGGGCAACAACGUCGGCAACGGGCAGCGAUCGGUUGGCAACGGCAAUGCCAUCAGCAACCGGGGCUUCGGCUCGGGCUACUAAAACCGGACCGCCGGUCUGACCAGGGGAGAGGGGGGGGGGGGGGGGGGGGGGAUGUUUGGUGGCAGCCGGCUCGUAGAUCUCUCGCUCUCUCUCCCCCUCUCUCUCUUCUAGGGGUGUGUUUCCAGGGGCUUGUAGAACAGGGAGUUGAAUCACCAAGCGCCACCCUUUCCCGAGUGCUGGCUGGGAGGGUGGGAGAGAAUUCGAUGCUGUGACGUGAACAGGCGGAACAAUAGAGCCGCGGAAAGACGUUUUGGUUUAUUGUGCGCUCACACUCCUCCCCUCCACCCCGCUCUAACCGCCGUCUAUCGAGCACACACUGUUUAUCAAACUUCAGCAGCGAACACGUCGAACUGCCUCCGGGCACAACACAUUUCGAGUUUCGGUGGUGGCGUGACUGUGGUGACAUCUUUCUUUGGAGUUGUUACUCUGCCAACACCGCCCAACACCCCCCAAUGGCAUCAACACCCACACAGCAACACCGGAGAAGAGCUUUCGGUCGGAUGAUUCUUUCCAUAAGCAAUCGUGUUUUGUAUAGAAGAAAAGGGCUUAUUUUGCUGGGAUUCCCCUUUUAAAAGACUAUUCGUGUUCCCCCCCCCCCCCCCUCUCUCUUUCUCAUUCUUUCUGUAACACAAUCACCCCUUGUUUUUGAGCACCACGUGCGUGGCUUGUCUGUGACUUGAACCACGUGGUGUCCAGACAAAGUGUGUGGAACUGAACUGAAACUAGUAAGCUAACGGGCUCAAACCCCGUAGUGCUAAACCACUGUGCGAACAAAUUCAAAAGCUACCAAAUAACACACACAAAACAAACACAAAGCCUGCAAAUUACGCAGGCAGAAAACCAUUCUCUCUUCCCCCCAUCAUUUUGUUCUUCCCCCCUUUGUUUUGCUCCCGACAGCUACUUUGAGUCCGAACUGUGACACUGAAACCAACCUAAAAUGCUGCUUCCUUCCCGGGGGUCGGUGCAAUUGUGCGGAAAAAAAGUAUAGGAAUAAAAACAGACACACCGAAACGCAAAACAGAGAAAAAACAAAUAAGAGCUAUAGAAACUAUAAUUACUUGUAGAUCCUGCGAAUGACGAUUUAGGCAGAGACUUGCACAGAUGAGGGCUAAAGUGAGAUGGAGAGAGAGAGAAAGAGAGACAGAGUGAGUGAGAGACGAAAAGCAAGAGCAUAAACAGUAAGAUAAACCUAUACUAAAAACACAACAAAAAAAACACAACCGUCAAGUAGUAAUGUGUAAAGAAGGGCGCUCUACUUUUCCGGCCUGCUAAGAAAAGAAAAUAAGUGUAGAAUGAUGUAACACAGGAUAUGCAGGGCUGGCUUUUUCUAGGAAAAAGUGAAACACAUACGCCUGGUAUUUGCCACCCCCCCCCCCCCCCCCCCCCACCCACUCCUUGUUCCACUCGCAACGCACCCCACACUGAAGCGUGACACGCGCGGCGGAGCCUUCGCGUACAUACGCACCCGCACAGGUGCCCUGUUCCCGGGAGAGACAAGCAAGUGCAUUUCGCCACUGUGUUGUGUCUCUCCUCUCUGCGGCCGAAUUGCUGUGGGUGGUACAGUUUGCCCCGUCGUCGUGCGCCCGUGUGUGGAGGUGGGUGAUGCUGAUAAAGGACGCUGCCAGACUGCCAGCGGCCGUUUGCUUCGGGGUUUUCCGUUGAAGAGUUUUGUUUUCCUUUUCUUCUAAAUUUCUUCCCUCUGCGCGGGAAAAGAAAACAACACAGAUCGCUGCAAAGAAAGCCACACAGUGGAAGAGGCAGAGAGAGAGAGAGAGAGAGAGAGAGAGAGAGAGAGAGAGAGAGAGAGAGAGAGAGAGAGAGAGAUGAAGAGUGCUCUAGGAAAACAAAAACAGACAUAUAGAAUAACAGCAGGCAACUUUUCUAUUUCUUUCUAUAUUUUCUUUCAUUAUGGCAGUGUAAAGUAAACCACAAAAGAAACGUGAAAACAAACUACAUUACAAGUAAACCUGGGAACCGAGGCGGCCCCUUCCGACUGGUACCAUUGUGAAGAAAUGUAACAAACAAAAACAGAAACAAACGGAAAGUAACAAAAAAAAACAAAAGCAACAAACAGAAACUUACAAACAAAAAAAAAGAACAAAACAAAAGUGACAAACAGAAGGUAACAGAAACUAAAGAGAAAGGCAAAUACUAAAUAGUUCUUACUUAAUUUUCUUAACCCCUUUUUUGUGUGCAGUAUAAUCGAGCCGAGGAUCGCGAAAGAAGAUUGAUAGGGCAGAACAAACAAACGCAGAAACCCACAAACACACACACAUACACACAUAGAACCCAGGGUACGAUUAAAAGAUGAAAGAAAAAAAAACGAAGAUUAUCUCGAUACUUAACAUUAAGUUAAACGCAGACUAAACAUUGUGGAAAUAGUUUGAUCAAUUGUGUAGUAGUAUCAGUGAAUAUUAAGUUAUAAAUGUGUUUUUUUAUACUAUAUGCUAGUAUUUCGCCUUUUCCGGCUAAGCGAAUAAAUGAUGGGAUUAAUAGUAAUACCUGCUGAUUUAA